AUGACAUCUUCCACUGCCGGAGCCACCUUCGUCGCGGCAGGGGGUCCCCCACCGAUUGCGAUUGUCGGAAUGGGGAUGCGCCUGCCCGGCGGGGUACGCACUGCGGAUGAUUUCUGGGAGGUUCUCAUCGACCAGAAGGAUUGCUCGUCCGAAGUCCCCAAAUCUCGGUAUAAUAUCGACGCAUUCUACGACCCGGAUAAGCCUCAGUCCGUGAGAACGAGACGGGGGUAUUUCUUGGAGGAUGAAAACUUGGGAACCGCCGACACGAAAUUCUUUCAACUGGUUCCGGGAUUCAAUACGAGCGAGCUCGAUCCUCAGCAGAGGUUGUUGCAGGAAGUUGUCUGGGAGUGUAUGGAAAAUGCGGGACAGACUGGGUGGCGUGGCAGGGACAUUGGAUGCUACGUCGGUGUCUUUGGGGAGGACUGGCACGAGUUGACUGCAAAGGAGACCCAGUUGAUACCUCGUACCCAUGCCUUCGCCAACGGAGGGUUUGCGCUCUCAAAUCGUGUAUCAUUUGAGUUCGACCUAAAGGGACCAAGCGUCACCAUAGCGACGGCAUGCUCUUCCUCCUUAUCUGCUCUCCAUGAAGCCUGCCAGGCACUUCAAGCGGGCAGCUGUUCAUCCGCCAUCGUGGCCGGAACCAAUAUGCUUCUCACCCCUUCCAUGAGCGUGACAAUGUCCGAGAACAUGGUCCUCUCGCCUGAUGGGGUCUGUAGGACAUUUGACGCAAGCGCGAAUGGUUAUGCGCGCGGCGAAGCUGUAAAUGCUGUUUACAUUAAGCCCUUGGACAAGGCAAUAGCAGACGGCGAUCCUAUCCGCGCCGUUAUCCGCGCCACAUCGGCCAACCAUGACGGCAGAACAUCAAAGAUUCUCGCACCAGACAUUGACAGUCAAGAGCGGCUUAUUAGAAGGGCCUACGAGCGAGCGCAGAUUGACAACAUCGCAGAAACGGCUUUUGUGGAGUGCCAUGGUACCGGCACCAAACGAGGAGACAUGGUCGAGGCUACGGCGAUUGCUCGGACUUUCCACCCUCACGGGGUUCAUAUCGGAUCGGUGAAAACAAACUUUGGCCAUGGCGAGGGUGCCUCUGGCCUUACUGGUAUUAUUAAGGCCGUUCUGGCUCUGGAGCAUCAGAUAAUUCCGCCAAAUAUGCAUUUUCGACAACCUAACCCUUCCAUCCCCUUCCAGGAAGGGCGACUCAAAGUUCCUGUCGAGCCCACCCGGUGGCCAGAGAACCGGAAGGAACGAGUCAGCGUCAACUGCUUCGGUAUAGGCGGAUCUAACGUCCAUGUCAUCCUUGAAUCUGCAUCAAGCAUCAUAUCUAUGGAGUCCAAAGAGGAGCCAAGGCGAAGACUGGCUCCUCGACUCCUGAUCUGCUCCGCUCAUAGCAAGACAACCUUGGAUGCCCGAAUGGAUGCAAUUAAAUCUUACUUAGCUCUUAGACCGCAGGCUCUGGCCGACGUCGCAUAUACACUUGGGGUUCGUCGGGAUCACCUGUCUCAUCGGUCGUUCACUAUUAUCAACAAUGAUGGGGAGAUUCUGGGCGAGGAAGCCGAAUCACGCCAUCUUGACAACACAUCGCUAUUCCCUUCACUUAUAUUCGCUUUCAGUGGACAGGGAGCUCAGUGGGCUGGAAUGGGGGUGGAGCUUAUUCGAGCAUUCCCCAGCUUUCAGCGAGAUAUACAAGUCAUGGACCAGAUCCUGCAAGAGCUAGAUUCCCCUCCGGCAUGGGGUAUAGAAGACCAGCUAGAAAAGCCACCAGGUCUCAGUCAAAUUGACAUUCCGGAAAUUUCCCAGACACUCUCUGCUGCCACUCAAAUUGCCUUGGUCAACCUUCUCAAGGACUGGGGAAUCUCUCCGUCAGCCGUUGUAGGUCACUCUAGUGGCGAGGUGAUCGCGGCGUAUGCAGCGAACGCCAUUUCACUGCGUACUGCUAUCAUCCUAGCGUACCUACGUGGACAAAGCGUGUCCAAUGCUCCUUCCUCAGGUGGCAUGGUAGCCGUCGGUAUGGGUGAAUCGUCCGUCAAGCCCUAUCUCUCGGAAGGGGUGGUUGUUGCGUGCGUGAAUAGUCUCCAGAGCGUUAACCUAUCUGGGGAUAAGACAAGGUUGGCCGCAGUGGUUGAUAGGAUCAGGGCCGACAAGCCAGACAUAUUUAUACGAUAUGUUCCAGUACGCGUGGCGUACCAUUCGCCCGACAUGCGACCUGCCGGAGCGUUUUUUGAGUCACAAGUCGCCCCCUUCCUCAAUCACAAUGACUCAAUGCUGCCCAUGUACUCCACUGUCACCGGUAAGUUGGUGUCAGACCCGGCUGCCCUCGAUGCAGGGCAUUGGCGGAAAAACCUUGAACUCCCUGUUCUGUUUUCGACUGCGGUUGAUGGUGCUCUGGCCGAGAGUCCUGAGCGCAGAAAGAUCUUCCUCGAGAUUGGACCUCAUUCCGUCCUUUCGGGUCCACUUCGCCAAAUCUUUACGUAUAAGUCGAGUGACAGUGUCUAUCUUCCGACCCUCAUCAAGUCAGAGAGCCAGGCCCGUUGCCUACUAAAGACGGCGGGCCAGCUGUAUCUCCAUGGACACCCCGUGGACUUUCAGGCGGUGAAUGGAAAAGGGAACAUCGUUACUAACCUGCCUGCAUAUCCCUGGGACAGAAAGAGCUUAAACUGGCAGGAAAGCCGUCUGAGUCGUAACUGGAGGUUCCGCGCGCAUCCCAAUCACGAGCUCCUGGGUUCGCGAAUGCUGGAGGCAAGCGAUCUCGAGCCGGGAUGGAGGAACAUUCUGAACACCAGAAACGUGCCAUGGCUGUUGGAUCAUCGUGUGUCGGGGGAGGUUGUGUUUCCAUGUGCCGGAUACAUUGCCAUGAUUCACGAAGCCAUGCGCCAGCUCUCGAACAACAUCGAGUGCACCAUUCAAAACCUUUCCAUGCCGACUCCGUUGAUCCUGCCGUUGUCGGACCCUAUUGAACUUCUUACAACCGCAAGACACGUCAGAGUCAACGAUCACGUAGAAUCCGAAUGGUAUGAGUUCGCCAUAAUGUCGUAUGACGGGACCGAGUGGAUCAGACAUGCUUUUGGCCGAGCGAAAUCCGGCGUAAACAAGGUUGAUUCUGAACUGCGUGAGCCACAAGUCUUCCCUCGACGCGUUUCAUCCGAGCUUUGGUAUCGGAUGCUGGAGAAAGUGGGAUUGAAUUAUGGACCUACCUUCAGAGGAAUGCAAGAUAUCACCGCCGACCCUUCAAGAUGUGUAGCUGCAGCUUCGAUGCGCGGCCGCCAAGAUGGCAAGGCUGUCCAUCCGACGGUGAUCGAUGAGUGCCUGCAAUUAUUCACCGUAGCUGCAUGCAAGGGCAGAGCAGUGCACAUGACCAGACUCUAUGUGCCCAUGUUUGUGGGUGAUGUCCAGCUCGGUUUAGGUCAGGAAAUGAUGAGAGCAGAAGCGACGAUCAGCAAUCACACAGCAGAACUAGGUAAUGGAAAUGUUCUAUUGACGGCGAGCGACCAGGAAGACGCAUUUAUCAAGCCAGUACUUUCAAUGGCAGACGUCACGGUUGUCCCGCUCGACAACAAUAUGAGGACAGCCGACGAGGCAGACAUUCCUUUAGCAUCACACGCAGAAUGGCGCCCCGACAUUGAUCUCAUGAACGAGCAACAGCUACCGCAACGCUACUCCCAGUCUACUGAAGCUGGCUUUGCUUUGACUGCCAAACUUUCUGCUCUGUCUAUUAUUCAGGUGCACCGACGGAUUGCCGCUGUCACACCAACACCAUCGCUAGAACAAUACCAGAAAUUUAUCAGUACUCAAAUUGCAGAAAUCCAGCGGGAAGCAUUUUGGGGGGUCUCUGAAGCCGCAUCGUGGCUCAAGUGCUCGGAGGAAGCAUUACAGCGCCAGCGGACCGCUCUGGAUGAGGAGCUCCGAGCAAGAAAGUUGGAAUUCGUUUCCUCGCUAAGUAACUGGGCCUUGGAAACCGUCAGGGACAUUGUCGACGGAUCGCUCCCGCCGUCGGCUGUUCCGACUGCCAUACAGAAGCAAAUAUGGCAGUGUGAAGGCUUGGUUGCAUCGAUUAGCGAUCUGUCUGAAUGGUUCGGCCUACUCCGGCACUCCAACCCCUUGGUACGGGUCAUUCAUAUCGCUGAAGGAAAUGGAGUGGUAUCCGCCCAGGUUCUUGAGUAUCUCAACUCCGAAAAUCUCCCAUUCUACUCGAAGUACACAUACACGAGCACGAAAGAUAUCAGCUCAACCGUAGUUGAACGCCUGAAAGAAUUCAAGGAAGUGAAAUUCGAGAACCUGGAUAUAACUACGGAUCCCUGUCAGCAGGGCUUUGGAAAGGGGACAUAUGACUUGGCUAUAGUGUCAAAUUCGAAGAUUCCGAAUUCUCAGCUGCAAACUGCUCUUCAAAACAUUAAAAAGCUCCUUAUACCAGGAGGCCGGCUUCUGCUUCAUAUACCAGAUACUGUGCGUUCUCUGAUGGGGUACAUCAGGGGUCUUGUGGGUAACCAAGAAGUGGAAUCCUUGAGCGGUAUAUCACCCUGUCGCCACCAAUGGGUGGAAACACUCCUGCAGGUCGGAUUCGAUCAAAUCCAGGGUACGCAUGGCGAACACCCUUAUUGCAACCUGACUGCCCGUCUGCCGUAUCCCAGGGAGGACCAUACCGAGCUCAUCUACCUUCUUUGUCCGAGCCUGGUCCAUAAUAACGCCUGGAUCUGCAAUGUGGAGGCACAAUUCGAGAGAAUGGGCUACCGAACCCAGCGUUGCACCCUGGGCGCUGAGUUUACAAACAAACAGCGCAUCGUAUCGCUGCUAGACGUUCAAAAGCCAUUCUUCAAGGAUGUUAGUGAGACGAGCUGGAAGUCAUUCCAGUCGCUCAUCACCGCCGCGCCCCAGAUUCUUUGGGUAAUGCCAUCUGUCGAGCUCACUUGCCAGAAUCCCGACUUCGCGAUUGUCCUUGGGGUGUCUCGCACGGCCCGUCAGGAGCAAGAACUGCAUUUUGGAACAUUGCAGAUCGACGAGUUCCAUGCUUCGGCAGCAGCGGUAUUGGUGACAGUCACUGAAAAGUUUUUCUCGCAGCUGGAUUGCCAGGCCAGUUUGCGUGAUCCCGAAUAUGAAUUCGUAUUGCAAGGGAACCAAGUAUAUAUUCCACGUUUCCAAUGGACUCAGUUGAAAGACCGACUUCGUCAGGACCCUUUGCCGAAUACUCCGGUCAAAAUUGAUAUUAAGGCCUACGGGUUGUUGGAGUCUCUUUGUUGGUGUGAAGAUGAACCACAGCCUCUGGGACCGGACGAUGUCGAGGUAGAUAUAAAAUAUGUUGGACUCAAUUUCCGCGAUAUCAUGAUUUCAAUGGGGUUUAUGGCGCACAAGGGCGAGCUGGGCAUUGAGGCAAGCGGAAUCGUCCGACGAUGCGGCAAGAACAUUACACAGUUACACCCGGGCGACAGAGUCGUUGUCACCCAGCCAGGAUUAUUUCGCACACGCGCUAUCGUGCCCUCUUCUCGAUGCGCGGCCUUGUCAUCAUCCAUGUCGCUUGAAGAGGGCGCGUCUCUAGCUGUUGUUUUUGGGACUGCACUCUAUUGUCUUAUGGAUAUUGCAAGACUAGAGAAGGGACAGUCCGUACUGAUCCACGCGGCAUGCGGAGGGGUCGGGCUGGCUGCUAUUCAAGUGUGCCAGAUGAUCGGUGCCGAGAUAUACGCUACGGUAGGAAGCGACGCAAAGGCAGACUAUCUUGUCCACAACAUGGGAAUUCCGCGCCGUCGGAUUUUCAACUCACGCGACGGUUCUUUUCUGCAGUCAUUGAUGGGUGCGACUCAAGGCCGGGGCGUCGACGUCGUGCUAAACUCUCUGGCUGGGGAGCUGUUGCAUGCAUCCUGGAAAUGCGUGGCAGAAUUCGGCAAAAUGAUUGAAAUCGGCAAAAGAGAUUUUCUCGAGCACGGCACGCUCGAUAUGAAGGCGUUUGGCGGUAACAGAGCCUUCUUCGGGGUCGAUCUUAUUCGCCUUGGGGAGAAGCCGGGCUUUAUUUCGAGACUUGUCACCCAAGCCAUGGCUCUAUAUGAACAAGGCCAAAUUACCCCCGUUCGGCCGCUGGAAGUCGUGGAUGCACCUGAUGUUCGGGGGGCUUUCCAACGAAUGCAACAGGGGUUCCAUAUGGGUAAACUUGUCGUAAAGAUGCCAGAGGGCUGCAGCGAAGUGGUCAUUUCCAAGUCACAGUUGAAGGUGGUUCUGUCCGGCGAUGUCUCCUAUCUUCUAGUCGGAGGUCUGGGAGGAGUAGGACGAGCGCUGGCAACCAUGAUGGUAGAGCGCGGCGCUCGUCACUUCGUGUUCCUGUCCAGGUCAGCGGGGAAGUCCGCGCAGGAUCAAACUUUCCGGUGCGAAUUGGAGGCACAGGGAUGCAGCGUAGUCAUGAUCCAAGGAGAUGUCGGUUUACUUGGCGAUGUCAAGGCAGCAAUCCAAUGCUGCAAAAAGCCCAUCGGAGGCGUGCUGCAGCUGUCGAUGGUGCUUCGUGACCACUUUAUCCCUGAGAUGGCGCACUCGGACUGGAAGGAAGGUCUCUCUCCCAAGGUGGUGGGCACCUGGAAUCUUCAUGAAGCACUAAAAGGAUACGAUAGCCGCCUUCGAUUUUUCGUCGUCUGCGGAUCCGUUACCGGCGUCAUGGGUAAUGCUGGCCAGGUCAACUACUCCUCCGCCAAUGCGUUUUUGACGUCCUUUGCCCAGUAUCGACUCCGUGCCGGUCUUCCCGCCUCCGUCGUGAAUCUGGGGGGCGUGGACGAGGUAGGCCAUUUAGCGAUCCAGGACCAGAAGUUGCGAGACAGGAUGCAGGCAGCCCAUGUUCGCCUCCUCAGUGAACAGGAGGUGCUUGAUGCCUUUGAGAUUGCCAUGCUUGAGUGUCAGCCAUCGAUCACGCUGGCGAACGAGUCAUCCAACGACAUUCUUCGCGUCCGAAACGAUGUCAUUGUGGGCAUGAGUAGCACAGAAUCUCUCGCCGAUCCGUCCGUUCGCCCGCUCUGGGGGCGAGAUGCAAGAUUCAGUGUCUAUGCCAAUUUGGACAUCAACAAACGGCCAAUUUCGAAGAACAUGGACGCAGUACAGCGCCUGCAACAGCAAUUGGUAGCAAUUAAAAAGAAUCCGGACCUGGUGAAAGACCCAACCCUGCACAAAAGCAUCGUGACGGAGAUCGUCAAGCUUCUGCAGGAAUAUUCGAUUUUUGCCCGCGGGCAAGAAUAUGCGCAGGUGGCUGCUCUGCCUAUUGAUUCCUUGAUGGCUGUGGAGUUUCGCAACUGGUCCCGCCGUUAUCUCGAUAUAAAUCUUCCUUUGACAGCGAUUGCCAAGGCAGGUACAGUGCAGGGAUUGGGCGAAUUAGUCGUGGCUACGAUAUCUCAAGGAACGAGGAUCUCUUCAGCUUAA